AUGGAUUCCCAAACAGCUCUCGACCUGUUGGAUUACCUGCGCACAUGCUAUCCCAUCUUCCUCCUGCUCCUCUUCGUCGUGGCCUUCGUGGCCAACACAAUGGUCACGGCGAGCAGGUCAGGCACCACGGACUCGCCUCGCAUAGGUCCCGGUGGACGCCCACUGCCUAAGCGCUCUCGCAGUGAAGCUGCUUUUCGUAAGCCCCAGGGCUUCUCCCACAAUGUCAAGCGGUUCUUCAACUGGCUUUCGGUGGGCGUGCUUGUGACGUACCUGGCAGAUGCGACGAUCUACAUCCUCCAUGUGAUGGUGGCUAGGUCCGAGCAUUGGUGGCGAGGACAGUCAGUCGUGAUCUACAUUGUCGGCUCUUUUUUCGAUUAUGCGGUCUUACUCAUGACCUUGCUCGAUACCACCCCAUCCCCGACUAUUGCUCAAUUGGUGUGCUGGGCGGCUGCCAUUCCCUUUGAACUGGUUAUUCUUAGCAUCUCGUUGUCACUCUAUACCUCGCCUCAUCAUGAGCCAAUUGUGGGAGACCCUGCCGGUGGUAAGCUCCGCCGGAGCAUGACGCCCUGGGAAUCCAUGGAGGUCGUCUCGGGCAGCAUUCGCAUUCUCAUCCUGCUGGCCCUGGUGCUCCUCUAUACCAGCCAAGUCAUCUCGUUCAAGAGCCACGAAAAGAAGCGUAACCACCGGGUCAACGGAGAAGCCACCGAGUCGACCGGCCUUUUAUCUGAUGCCGCCGGAGCUGAGAACGGGAAUGGGCAUGCCAAUGGCCACGCCUACGGGGCGACGAAUGGAGCUGCGCAGACGGAGUCCGCUAAACCCCAAGACCCGUGGGUCCGCCCAACUACCAUGCCCUCUACCAGUUGGUGGGAGUAUCUCAGUGGCUACUCACUCUUCUUCCCUUACCUGUGGCCCUCGAAAUCCCGCCGCCUGCAGAUCAUUGUGGUGUUUUGCUUUAUCCUACUUGUUCUCCAGCGCAUCGUGAACGUCCUGGUGCCCAUCCAGGUUGGCAAUAUCACCACCAUCCUGGCGGAAGACGAAGGGCAGGCAUUCCGUGUGCCGUGGGUAGAAAUCCUGGUUUAUGUCAUUCUCCGCUGGCUGCAGGGCGGGCAGGGUCUUCUGAGCUCCCUGCGUUCCAGCCUUUGGAUUCCCGUGGGCCAGUAUUCUUAUAUGGAGCUGUCAACUGCUGCCUUUGAGCACGUGCAUGGCCUCAGCUUGGAUUUUCACCUUGGAAAGAAGACGGGCGAGGUCUUGUCCGCGCUGAGCAAAGGUAGCUCGAUCAAUACGUUCCUCGAGCAGGUUACCUUCCAGGUGGUCCCCAUGCUCAUCGAUCUAAUCAUCGCGUUUGGGUACUUCCUCAUCGCAUUUGACGCUUACUACGCGCUGGUGGUUGGCAUUUCAACAUUUGGGUAUCUCUAUGUCACCAUCCGUAUGGCUCAAUGGCGUGCCGAAAUUCGACGACAAAUGGUCAAUGCCUCGAGACAGGAGGAUGCUGUUAAAAACGAUUCGAUGGUGUCGUAUGAAACUGUCAAGUACUUUAACGCCGAGCAGUACGAGUUUGACCGGUACCGUGGAGCGGUUGGCGACUACCAAAAGGCCGAAUACCACGUCCUUUUCUCUCUCACCCUCCUCAACACAUGUCAGAACACUGUUUUCAUGAUCGGUCUUCUAACCACAUGCUUUAUUGCCGCAUAUCAAGUUUCGAUCGGACAGCGCCCGGUGGGCAAGUUCGUAUCGCUGUUGACGUACAUGGCUCAGCUGCAGGGCCCUUUGAACUUCUUUGGUACCUUCUACCGCUCCAUCCAAUCAGCUUUGAUUAAUGCCGAGCGUAUGCUGGAGCUGUUCAGAGAACAGCCGACUGUGGUUGAUAGCCCCAAGGCUACCCCCUUGGCAAUGUGCAAAGGAGAUAUCCGAUUCCAGAAUGUGGAAUUCUCAUAUGAUGUUCGGAAACCCGCCCUGAAUGGGCUCACGUUCCGCUGUGAGCCAGGCACCACCACUGCAUUGGUUGGUGAGUCAGGUGGAGGCAAGUCGACUGUUUUCCGAUUACUGUUCCGAUUCUAUAACGCCGAAAAGGGGUCGCUUCGUGUUGACGGUCACGACGUGCAAGAUAUCACUAUCGACUCUCUUCGCAAGCACAUUGGCGUGGUACCACAGGAUACUGUGCUCUUCAAUGAAACACUGAUGUAUAAUCUCAAGUACGCCAACCAGAGCGCUACCGAUGAAGACGUCUACGAGGCCUGCCGAGCCGCCAGCAUCCAUGACAAGAUCCUGGGUUUCCCCGACGGCUACAAUACCAAGGUCGGUGAGCGCGGCCUUCGACUCAGUGGUGGCGAGAAGCAGCGUGUGGCUAUUGCCCGCACGAUUCUCAAGAAUCCUCGAAUCAUUCUUUUGGACGAAGCCACUGCUGCUCUCGACACCGACACAGAGGAACACAUUCAGCGUGCCCUCUCCACACUCUCUCAUGGACGUACCAUGCUCGUCAUUGCGCAUCGCCUCAGCACCAUCACCACGGCCGACCGCAUUCUAGUCCUUUCAGACGGCCAAGUCGCCGAGAGUGGCACCCACGAGGAGCUUCUCGCCAUGAAGGGCCGCUAUGCGAGUAUGUGGCGGAAGCAGAUCCGCGCUCAGAAGGCAGCUGCCGAAGCCCAGGUUCUCCAAGAUCGGGCCGAGCGUAUUCGCAAUGCCACCAACAGCGACGACAGCUCCAGUCAAUCUGACGAGGACCGCAACCGCAUUCGGCGUCCCGCUCAUUAA